AUGGAUAGGCUUCUAUCGUCUCCUUCACCCCCUUCUUUCAAAACUUGCAACAACUCUUUCCCAUUUUUCGCUUCAUUUCACUCUGCAACUGCAAUACUCAAAUUUUCUUCGUUAACACGUUCCGACUUUAAGAGGGUCACCUCAAUUUGUUGCAAGCAUGGAAACCCGUCUCCUUUUUCGUCUUCCACUCCCUUUCUUGCUUCUUCCAAACACCCCAAUCGUUUUCCAUCCAUUUCCCCUUCUCCCAAUCGAUCCACACCCCAACCCCAUUCUCUCAAUCAAAUCAAAACAGGGACUGUCCAAAAGCCAAAGGCAAUAUCAGCUCGGACUCUUGUAAUACUCUCUGCCGUUGCUUUGAUCUUAAUCCAACCUACUAUUGCACCAGCAGCUUUUGCAACCUUUCAAACUUCUGCCAAUACUGGUGGUCCUGCUGCAGCUGCAGUUGGUAGAAAAUUAAUCCAUACUGAGCUCCUAAGUAGUGCUUGGACUGGAUUCUUCGCUGGCUGCUUGCACACACUAUCUGGGCCUGACCACCUAGCCGCCUUGGCACCAUUGUCAAUUGGUCGAACCCGAAUGGAGAGUGCUGCUGUUGGAGCUCUUUGGGGUUGUGGUCAUGAUGCUGGUCAGGUUCUUUUUGGGUUAAUAUUUUUAAUACUCAAGGAUAAACUCCAUAUUGAAAUUAUCCGAACUUGGGGCACCAGAGUGGUGGGUCUAACCCUGCUGAUAAUUGGUGCUAUGGGAAUUAGAGAAGCUUCAGAAGUACAUACCCCACGUGUUGCAUUAGAAAGUGGUGAAUGUGAUGCUAGCGUAUAUGAAUCACAUGAUAAUCCAACAGUAGGUAAAAAGAAGAUUGGAUUUGCUACUUUUGCCACAGGGAUAGUUCAUGGACUGCAACCGGAUGCAUUGAUGAUGGUGUUGCCUGCCCUUGCUCUGCCUUCUCGUUUGGCCGGUGCUGCUUUUCUUGUCAUGUUCUUAAUCGGAACUGUAAUGGCAAUGGGAAGCUAUACUGUGUUUAUUGGUUCGUGUAGCGAGGCACUGAAGGAUAGAGUACCUAGAAUAACAGAGAAGCUCACUUGGGCUUCUUCCCUUAUUGCAAUAGCCCUCGGAUUUGCUAUCAUUGUUAGCCAGUUUUUUGGGUUUAGUCUGUAUUAA